GCGUAGGGCGAUCGGGAUCAACGGUGAUAACUCGUCCGAGCAGUUCGGGGGCCUCGAGGGCGACUUCGGGGUGAGUACUCAGCUCGUCGGGGAUGGCAUCACCGAGGGCCUGCCGUUCGAGGGCGUCUUGGGAGAGGCCUCUGAGGGCCUGGUCGAGCUGCAGCUGCCGAGGGCUCCUGGGGACACCUGCAAGUCGAUCAUGGACAUGAGGCCCGUCGUGGACUUCGACGAGGUCCCGUCCCACUUCAUCCGUGGGCCCGCCUGGGGCUCCGUCGCCGCCGUGUACAUCGAGGGGAGGGCCAACAUCCUGGCUCUGGAGGGGGAAGCGCUCGUUCUUGGGUAUCGGCACCUCCUGAGGUCCACAUCCGCGUUCGGGUUUCGGUUCCUCAUCCUCUCCGACAACCUGCCGCUCGUCUUGUCCGUCGGUAAGGGUCGGGCCCGCAGUGAACACCUCCAGAGCACGCUUCGCAAGAUCUGCGCGCUCUCCGUGGCCACUGGCUCAACCCUGGCAGUGAGGUGGAUACCUUCUGAGGCGGGCUGCUCGCCCAUGCGGCGGCUUGUGCUGGUGCUGGCACUGGCCCAGGCUGCAGCGGCGGCUCGCCGCUCGGCCGUCCCGGCGCCCUCGGCGCUCCGGGCCGAGCGUGCGAGCCAUGCGCGAGCGCUGGCGGCGGAGACGACGGCGGUGGCGGGGCUGUCGCUGCUCGAGCGGCUGGCGGUGAGGAGCUCGACGGCUCGUCUCUACCGGGGGGCCCUCACCAGCUUCGUCGACUUCUGUGUCGAGCGCCGCCCGGACUGGGCGACGCACUCGGGCCUGGACGAGGCUCUGGUGCUGUACAUGGACAGCGAGUUCCUCCUCGGCGGCGGCGGCAACCAGGGGAACGUCCUCUUGGCGGCGGUGGCGCACUUCCUCGGUUCGUUCCACAAGCGGACCUCGCUGCUGCUGCCGAGGGCUCACCGCGCGGCUGCGGCGUGGGCGCGGCGCGCGCCUGCGCGCGCCCGGCUGCCACUGCCGCGUCGCGUGGUGUUCGCCUUGGCGGGCCUCCUGGUCCACGACGGGUUCCCACGGCUGGCCAUUUGCAUCCUCGUCAUGUUCGCCUCGUACCUCAGGCCUGACGAGGCGGCGAAGCUGCGCGGGCGGCAUCUGAUAUCGCCGUCGGUGGCGGCGGGCGCCGGCUACCAGUUCUUCGGGCUGCUCCUGCACGAGAGUGGACAGGGGCCAGGCAAGACGGGCGUGAACGACGAGAGCAUCCUUUUCGAUCGCGAGGCUUGGCUCAACCCGCUGCUGCACGCUCUGAAGCAGUCCACAGCGCCGUCGGAGCCGCUGUGGGGCCAGGAGGUGGGCCUACUGGGCGCGCUGUUCGCUCAGGCCUGCCGUCGGCUGUCGCUGGACCGGCUUCGCCCGCACUUGUACAGCUUGCGCCGUGGGGGGGCCUCGGACGACAUGCUCUCCCAGAGGCGCCAGCUGGGCGAGAUCCAGCGGCGCGGCCGCUGGCGGACAGCCAAGAGCCUGAACCGCUACACAAAGGAGACCAAGCUCUUGGACGAGCUCGCCUGGAUCCCGCCCAAGGUAAUGGAGCUCGGGGCCUUCGUCGAGAGCAACCUGGAGGCGCUGGUCGGCGGCUGCCUGCCCAGCUGGCUAGCGACUGGCCGCGUCCCGGCGGCCCGCGGCCCAGGCGGCGACGGCGGCUGCCCGCCGGCGGACGCGGUGAAGCGGCACCUGCAGCGGCAGCAUCGCCGCGCUGCCGCGCCAGGCCCGGCCCUCAGGCGCCGCCCCGUGCUGGAGCUCUUCUGCGGAGCCGGCAGGAUCGCCGAGGCGCUGCUUGCCCGCGGCUUCGCCGCAUUUGGGCUCGACUGGCAGCGCAGCCCACUGGAGGAUCAUGUGCGGCCUGCCUUCAUCGCCACAGUCGUCGGCUGGAUCCGGUCGCGCGCAGUGGGUGCUGUCUGGCUGGGCACCCCCUGCGCCAGCUGGACGCGAGCCCUGCGGCGCCCGCUCAGGUCGGACCGCUACCCGUUCGGGCUGCCCGACCUCUCAUCGUCCGAGCAGGCUCGCGCCGCCGCGGGCAAUGCCACGCUGCGCAUGACAGUGAUCAUAAUUCGUGAGUGCAUCUCUGCCCGUGUGCCCGUCUUUCUCGAGAAUCCACAGACCUCGCAGAUCUG